AAGGCGUGAGAGGGUCUCAGAAGGGAAAUGAGGAGACGGCCGUUGCCUCAGGAGCAGUCACAAGCCUCAGGGGAGCCCAGGGAGGAGCAGAGCUGUUGGUAGGUGAGGAGCAGAGCACUGUGGGAUGGCUGGGAGCAGCCCGGACACCACACAAUGCAGUAUGAACCUGCUGCUGGGCACAGCCCUGCUGCUCCCGGUGCUGCCCGACGCUGCCAGGGGACAGGAGAUCUGUGCUGCCUUGAGGCAGGGUGAUGGGCAACACCAGUGCUGCAACAUGACGGUGGAGCAGGAGGAGUGAGGGGACAGGACACUCAGCCCUGACCUGCCCCAGUGCUGCCAGGAGCUGGGGCGCUCGGGCAACCCCACAUGUGCCUGCCUGCGGGAGUGCUGACUCAGGCUGCUGCAGGUGGUGGGGCCAGUGCUGCACAGUCAUCUGGCUGGGGUGAAGGUGUUGCUCCUGAACGUCAGCAGGGCUGUCACCCAGGACGUCCUCAUCGCUUUUUCCCCCACGGAGCACCCCAGGAUGCUGAAUGUGACGGGGAAGGGGAAGGCAGGAAAAAUCUAUCUCCCUCGGGGGAUAUUCUGGUCCCUGAGCAGCCAGACAGUGCACGUGGUAGUGACAGUCCUCAACAUCCCACAGCUGGGCAUGUUCCAGGAGGUCAACCAGACAGGGCAGGUCCUGGACGACACCAUGGUGGGCAUCACACUGGGAGAGACGAGCAUUUCCGGUCUGCGGGACCCUGUGCAGCUCACCUUUGCCCCACGUCAGCCAGCCGGAAUCACCCCACAAUGUGUCUUCUGGGAUCCCAGCAAAGGGCAGGCAGGAGGCUGGAGCGGUAGCGGAUGUGACACACAGACCUGGGACAAGGGGACACACUGCUCCUGUGACCAUCUCACCUUCUUCACCCUCCUCCUGAACCCAGCUCUGGAUAGGUCCACAGCACAAGCCCUGAUGGCUGUUGCCACUGCUGGUUGCGGGGUAGCUGUGGCUUUCUCCAUCUUCACCAUUGCCUUCUGCAUCUUCUUCAGGUGCAAGUUCAGGUCCGAGGAGACCCUCAUCAACCUGGGGCUGCAUGUAAACCUGGUGGGCCCCCUGCUCCUCCUCAACCUGGCCUUCCUGCUCAACAGCGGGCUCUCUGCUGGAACCCUGCCAGGGCCCUGCAAGGUCGUGGGCAGGUUCACCCACUACUGCCUGCUCUGCUGCUUCACCGGGAUGGCACUGGAGGGCUGCCACCUCUACCUUCUCUUUGUCAAGGUCCUUGGCACCUACAUCCGUAACUACCUGGUGAAGCUGUGCCUGGUGGGCUGGGGCUUCCCCGCUCUUGUGGUGGGGGUGGCAGGAGCCAUCAGCAACUAUGGAGAACACAGCAUCCAGACCAUGGACCACCAGGUCAUAGCCCGCCUGUGUUGGAUCACUUCCAAACAUCUUCUGGUUCACUACAUCACCAACUGUGGCUACUUUGGCCUCAUCUUCCUGUUCAACACAGCUGUUUUUGCGGUGGUGAUCCAGAAGAGCUGCAGUCUGCAGGGCACAGGGGUAGUACAGGGAGACCGCAAGGCCUGGAAGGUGGUUCUGGUGGCAAUGGGGCUCUUCUGCCUAAUGGGAGCCACCUGGACCCUGGUGUUCCUCACCCAUGGCACCUCCUCUGUGGCCAUGCUCCACCUCUUCACCAUCCUCAACUCCCUCCAAGGAAUCUUCAUAUUCAUCUGGCUGGUUGUUCUCUACUACCCAAAGGCAAAGGAGACCAUUGGCUCCUUCUCCCACAUCAUCAGACCUGACAAAGCCACCACAGCCUCCCAGGACUAGCUGCUGGCUGCACCUCCCUCCCUGCCUGCAUGUGCCCCUGCUGAGAGCAUGCCUCAAUUGCAAUAGGUGCAGCUUCCCACAGAGGAUGAGGGCUCAGUUUACCAUGCCUCAGUUUACCCUUCAGUGGGCAUAAUCCACUUUAGCAGUAGAUGCACUUUGCUUCAGUCAGCCUGCUGUGGGCAAGGAGUUCUGGAGACAUCCCUUCUGCCAAAGUCCCUCCAUGCUGCAGCUGCACCAAGGUCUUGAAGUGCCCCUGAUCUCCUUCUCCAGAGGCUCAUGUGGGGGCAAGGGUGGAACCCCUGAACCAUCUGCCUUCAGCCAGGAUGGGGCCAUCCUACUCUGUUAGAGAUGGCCUCUGGUGCUGGACCAGCCCAGUGGUGGGUUUUUCUGCUGUUGGAGGUUGGAUGAUUGAUUGACUCCAGCCCAGACUCAGGAGGUUCAGAUCUGGGAAUCAUCAGAAACAGAGAAAUCCCAUGAGGUUCUUUGUGAUACAUCCCCUCCAAACAGACUGAGGCUGAGCUCUUUGGGCAGGGAUCUGUUGAAUAUCCCUCCUUUCCCAACCAUUUCCAGGAAGUCACCAUGCUUCAGCUGAAUGUACACAUGGCCACUCCUCUUCUUUACCUCUGUUUUAGUACUAAACUUUUGUCAGCUUUCUGA